AUGGUUCUAGAUUUUGAGAAACAUGUCGAGGAAUCGACACAGGCUACUCAACCAAAUGUUGCUGAAAACAUCAACCCUGGUGGCAGUCAGGUCAUUGUGAAUCUAGAUGAUGAUUCAUUUGGUACUGAAUUCUGGAAGUCGGCCUCGGAUAAAGUAGAUAUUGUUGAAGAAGCAGUAAAUGCUACCAAGGAACCAGUGUUGCACCUUGAAAAUCUUAAUGGAGAUGACUUCCAUCCUGAAGACCAAACAUGGAGCCAAGCACUCAUAUACAGUGAGGGUGAAGAUGAUGCAGACUGGAAGGAAUUUUUACACAAUUUUAGUAUGAAAAGCAACAGUUGUGAGGGUAGCGAGGAAGCAGAUGAAGAUGAUCAUUAUGACCAAUUGUUGGAGACAGAUGAUGAAGUUGAAGCUGUCAAGGAAGUUAAGGAACCACUGAUUGAUUUUGAGAUUGAAGAGGGUAAAAUAAAGGAAAUUGGUAACAGAUCAGAAGAUGGUUAUAGUCCUGAAAUGGUUGAUAGGCUAUUACCUAAUCAUGAAGUUAGAGUGGUUGAUAAUGGGCCUUACAUAAAUGUUAAUAAUGUGCCUGUAAGGAAUGUUGAUAACGGGCAACAGUGGUUUGAUGACAGUGAUUUUGAAGAUUUCCUUGCUGCUGCUGAUUUAGAGGAUCCUGAGUUAUUCCCUGAACCAGAACAUGAGAUACAAGUUAUAGCUGAUGACAGAAUUGAGGAGGGGAUGGAAUUUCCUGACAAGACCGCUUUUAAGAAACAUCUCAGAAAAUAUUGUGUAUCUACUAGGACAGUAUACAGGUUUACGAAGAGUGAUAAUAUUAGAGUCAAAGCUGUGUGCAAAGGCUUUGGAGAUCCCAUUCUAUGUCUGUGGUAUAUAUCUGCAAGGAGGAUCCCUGGUGAGGCGACUUGGAGCAUAAGAUAUUUCCACUUGCACCAUACUUGUAUUGGGGAUCCUUAUGGCAGGAAUUCAUGUGCAAAUCCUGAAUUUGUAGCUCAACAUGUGAUCAACAAGCUAAGGGAGUCGCAUGGCAAGACUGUACCCAAACCUUCUGAGAUUGCUGCCGAGUUUUGGACAAGCCACAACACCUUGAUCCCGUAUCACGUUGCAUGGAAGGCUAGAAACAAUGUGUUGGAGAGGAUAAACGGAAGCUUUGAUGAGAGUUUUAGACUCAUACCAAGUCUGUGUGAAAUGACCAAAAGGACUAAUCCCGGAUCAAUUGCUACUUUCACUUACGAAAGAGACAAUCGUUUUGAAUCUGUGACCAUAUUUUUUGAUGCCCCUAUGAGGGGUUUUAUAAAUGGUUGUAGAAAUGUAGUUGGGUUGGAUGGAUGUCACCUGAAGGGAAAGUAUGGUGGAUGCCUACUAUCUGCCACUGCUCUUGAUGGGCAUAAUAGAUUGGUUCCUUUAGGUAUCAUGGUAUGUAGAAACGAGUGUGCGGAGAACUGGUUCUUGUUCUUGAAUAAUCUCAAGACUAUAUUGGUUGAUCAUCCCGUUGAGCCAAUCAACUUCAUAUCUGAUAGACAGAAGGGUCUGAGAGACGCUGUCCAAAAGUUGUUCCCUACUUCACCACAUAGGUUCUGCUUCAGGCACAUGUAUGCAAACUUCAAAACGCACUACAAGGGAUCUAAACUGCACACACUUUUCUGGAAUGCUGCUAGAGCUUAUAAGCCUAAACACUUUCAGGCACACAUGGAUAGUAUGAUGUCAGAGAAUGUUAGUGCUUGUGAGUAUUUGAUGGGCGAGGAUCCUAAAAGCUGGUGCAGGGCCUUUUUUGACCACAAGAGCGCUUCUGGUGAUGGGGCUUUUUACAAGAGAAGAAAUGCUUGUGUUGGAUGGGAUUCUGGGGAUUUGGUUCCUACUGCCAAAAAAUUACUGAAGAAGAUGUUUAAGAUAAUAGGGGAAUAUAAGGUAGAAGGAGCGGUUACUGGCAAUUUUUAUGAAGUCACAAGCAUACAUAAUACAGUAUUCACUGUUGACCUUGAGAAACAUACUUGCAGCUGCAUGCAAUGGAAGCUGAGGGGUUUCCCCUGUCAACAUGCUGUCUGUGCUCUGCAGCAAAGGAGACCCAAUUGGGUUGAGUAUUGUGCCAGAUACUACUCGGUGGAUAACUACAGGACCACUUAUGCCCCUGAUAUGGUACCAUUGGAAGGGCCUGAGGACUGGGAUGAGCCAAGAACAACUAUUGUUCCUCCAUUGCUCAUUAUGAAACCAGGCAGGCCUAGGAAGAACAGAAGGAAGGCCUAUAAUGAGACCCUAUCCGAGAAGAAAGUCAGGUGCUGCAGCAAAUGCAAGAGUCCUGGUCACAACAACACAACUUGUUCUGGUGGUGCAAUUGGCUCUAAUCCAAAGAGAAAGAAGUCUACAUCUGAAGAAGGCGGACUGGCGUUUCAAUCCCAAUCAUCAUCACAAGCUGGAAGUGCUGGUGGUUCUAUGCUUGCAACGAAGAAGCCAAGAAACGCUACGACUCAGCAGUAG